GGUGGUCUACGUGAUGACGUCAUGUCCCAUGUGGUGAGGGCGCCCUAUAUAAGGCGAGACGGACGAUCAAGACAUCUUGCAGUGCGGUUGGGAGCCGGACCUGGGACGCGGUGGGCAGCGAUUUUGAUCCCUAGGGACCUCGGGCCUGCUGGGGGCGGGGGGAGACCGGGGAGGACCCCGAUAGGACCCGGGAGGAGACGGUGCCGGGGGGGUGAUGCGUUACAACGAGCGGGAGUUGGUGAGCCUGGCGGGGCAGCCCUGCCAGAGGCAGGCGCGGGUGCAGAUGCGCGCAUGGGCCGCGGGAAAGAGAGAAGGAUACAAAGAGCGAAAUAUCAAGUUGGUGAUGAAUUUCCUAUUCUACUUCAGAGUCGAUGAGACAGAGCCGGUGGGAGCGCUGGUCCUGGAGGAGUGCGAGGUGGAGCGUAACUCACUACCCAAUUCCAACUGCUUCUCACUCGUGUACCGGGGUGGGACGGAGCAGCGCUACUGCUUUGUAUGCUCAUCCAUAUCCGAGUGUGACGAGUGGAUGAAGCUGCUGGCAAGAGCGAGCUACGAGAGGAUGAGGAGGAGGGCGAUUGGCCUCCGGGAGGAGAUCCGGCAGCGCACGGGGAAGGAUCCCCUGGAGCAGUACGGGAUCUCGGAUGAGUCGCGAUUCCAGCUGGCACAGAGGAAGCUCUGACACCACCACCAUCUCCCCAAGGAACUCGGAACCCUGGGCAUGCCCCUGUGCGUUGGAACGUGGGAGGGGUGGACCAUAGGGGACGGAGUGGACUGUGAAUCGCUUCCCAUUGCUGUCCUCGCCGGUGGACACGUGUGCAUGCAUGCACGCGCAUACACGCUUGUUCAUAGGUACACGUGCGUCCUGUGAAGAGCCAAAGAAAACAGGGUGGAGUCCAUGGCCGUGGGUGGAGAGUGGCUUCUGGCUCCAUUGCAGCAGUGUCAUCAUCACCGCCCAAGCGUUUUUAUUUUAUACCAAAAACCCCCAAGUUGCUGCGUGACUGGUGGCACGAGGAUCUCACUGUAUGGGGCGACAUGUGGCUUGGACACGGAGAAGUUCUCAACCUCGUGUGCUCCUAACCACUGCGUGGUGAAGUGGUGUCUGUGGGAUGCAGUGCAGAGAGUAAGUUGCCACCCUUACCUGUGCUGAGCUUGAGUGUUAUCCGCCUCGUAGGUAUGUGGGUUUUCCUUGUGCACUCCACUGUCCGACCACAUUGCAAUGAAUGCUGUCAAAUGGAAUUGGCCAAACAUCCAAAUGAAAGAGUCUUAUAAUUCUCAGCCUCGUGCGAGUAGAGAUGUUUCAAACUGUUCACUGCCACGUCAUCUCUCAUCAACUGCAAAUAAGAGUCAGUUAAAAAACCAGGAACGGGGGCCAAACGAUGUGAUACUAGUUUGUGUGCAUGUAGAAAUUAUUUCGCACCAUACCUAACCAAUCGUGGUAAUUGGAGGUGCGGGAGGACAACACUAAACACAAAGCAGUUUGUGUGCAAGCAUUGAACCUGGCCCACAGCGGUUCCAUUCCUGGUCACGACUAACAUCAGUGGAGAACUAUACAAAUGAACUGGCCCUGGGCCUCCCCCUCUAUCUCCCACCCCACCCCUCCACUCCAACCCGCAUUGAUCAGUGUAUUGAGGUAUGGUCUCGGCAUUCUCCACGAUGAACACGGUGUGAGAAGACCUUUAUCCACCAGUGGAUUGACAAAGGUGUGUUGAUAACAUCUGGAGAGCACAGUUGGUGUCACCUUUAGAAUUGGCGGCAUAUUUGCCUACAAAUCGGUACAAACUGAAUUCAGAAACCACGCCUCGUUGAGAUACUGUUGGCAGUGGUGCACAAAUAACAAUACAUCACGUUUGUCAAUAGGAUUGCCCUAAAGAGGAAAGAAUAUUUUAAAUAUAAAUGUUUUAAUAUAUAAUUAUAUAAGAGGUGACACUUUGGGCAGUGGCCAUUUUUAUAGCAGAGAUCAUGAAAGCUGUUGUCCAAAAUGUUGCCGGUUUUAUAUUUUUCCCUCUUUACAGUGGUAUCACAGAUGAACGUGAGUUUUGGGAAAAAGAUGGCUGAAAUUUUUAGAAAUCCUGAGCGACCCUUUCACUGCAUGGCAGUGAUGUUUAACGCGGUUUAGCGCGGUUGUGUUAACGCUGAAGCGCUUACAACUCAAGAUCAUUUGCAGCCAACUUGGGGGUUGAUCCACUCAGCAGGAAGUGACAACCAAAAUGAAAUGUGGACAUUUUAGUGAGGUAUCGCGUUUAUGUGAUUGUGAUUUCUCCUCGAUGCAAUGGUGGACACUUCAUCAGCUUUGGAAACGCGGGGCAGCGUGUUUAGGAACGGCACCUUCCAACUCGGUGCCAGGAAAUCGGUCUCCAUUUAUCACUUUGAAUCAAGCUGAGUGUCUUCGGUGGGAGUCAACAGAGCGCUGCCAGCAGAGAUAGAAGUCUUAUUUUCAUUGCCACAUUUGGGUAUUCUAUACUGCGAAGCCCCUGAGCCUGCGCAUGUCUCGCAUCAAGUGAACAUGAUGUCGUACACAAUAUUAGAUAUGUGACGAUCCGUCCCCUCGGUGAUUCGAUGACUUGUCAGGAUCUGAGGUCGAUUCAAUGAUGUUUUUUUUUGUCUCAUUUACAGUGCAGUUAUGUCCUUGGUCUCGUAAGUUGCCUUGACCGUUUUGUAUUUGAAAAGGCACAUGAGUGCAUAAUGCAGGGUGUUUCAAAAAGAUGGACUCGAUUUCAAAGCAGUAUAUUUCACGAUAGCAACAUGUUACAAAUACAAAGUUACCAACGGUUUAAUGAGUUUUCAAGUUUUACUAACCAUUUUAUAAAUGCUCUGUGCCCUCCACCUGCUGUACGGAGAACAUCAAGAUGUUGAAUUUGUCCCAAACGCCUCUCAAAGUCUUCUUCCACUGAAGUCACUGCUUCCGUGAUUAUGUUUUUGAGGUCAU